AUGUCAGGGCAGUGCGUGUGCAAAGUAGGAGUGAUUGGGCUGGCCUGCAAUAGAUGCGCAAAAGGGUACCAACAAAGCAGAUCUACUGUCACUCCAUGUAUCAGAAUCCCAGUAAAGGAAGGUGGUGGCGGCAAAGGAUACUUGGAAAAAGGAGGAUGUCGUAAAUGUAGGGCCUUUCCGAAAAAGAUGAAUCAGAAAAAGUACUGCAAGCGAGAUUACGUUUUCCAAAUGUUCGUCACUGGCAAGGAAGUGAUUGAAUCGUGGGCAAGAUAUAAUGUUGUUAUCGAGAACGUUUUCAAGCGAGGAGUGCAGGAAUAUCGAGGAAUUCUCCUCUAA